AUGUUUAAGUACCAAAAAAGGAACACAUAAAUGUUUAAAAAUAGUUUAUAAGGAUUUUUAAGUGGAUUAGAUGUAUUUGGAUAACCUCCUGUAUUGAGAAUAUUAAAAAAAAGUAAAUUCACUACUUCAACAGGCUUCUUUUGUACAUCAGCGAUCACUACUAUUUGCUUACUAUAUUUAAUUUAUUAAAUCAUAUAAUUAUAUGAUCGAAAAAACCCUUUUGUUGUGUUUUCAGAAUAUUAAAUGACUGAUACUGCUGUAAGUCUAUUUAAUUAUUAAAGCCUGUUCCUUUAUUAAUGAAUAACUUUACGAUGGCAAUUUCAGUUGCUAAUCUAAGUCUUAAUACUCUUACAACAUUAAAUACACAUUUUACUAUUACAGUGAAAAACUGUAUCAGAUUAAGACUCAUAGAUGAAUAAACAGGAAAAACUAAAAUUUAAUAGAAGUAUCUUUUCAUUUUAAUAUUUAAGUUGUACUGAAUAUCCAACAGAAGCAUGUGAUGAUUAACAUUUUGUUACAAAUGUUUAAAAGAAUUAUUUUUAAUCAAUCAAUUUAGGAUAUACUUAAUGUUUGAAUUCAAAAUAAUGGAAUAACUCACCUCCUGUAAUUUUAUUAUAAUUAUAUAUAUUAGAUUUUGCAAGGCUAAAUUGCUGGUAAAACAUAUCAAUAUAUUACAAUUAUGAUUUAAUAAUGUAAGAAUUCAAGUUCAUACAAUAAAUGUGCACCAAUUGAAAGCAUUUAAAAAGAAUUAAAAACAGGUUAUUAUGUGGUUCAUUUAUCUGAUAAUCUUGUUUAAAUGAAAUAACCAGGAGAUCCAUUUUAAGAAUAUAUUUCACUUUAAUAUACAACUAUGUCAAUAGCAAAUUCAAAAACUAUAAUUCAAAAUUUAAAAAUGACUAAUGUUAUUACUGAUUAUGGAUUGAUUACUGAAGAUAAGUCUGAUUCAUCUAGUUUAAUUUAAUAUUCUAAUCGUGAAUCAUAAGAAGAAUACAAUGAUGAAUUUUUAGUUCUUCAUUAUAUAACUCUAGAUUAAAGAUAGGGUGAAUAUUCUAGAUCAUAUGCUAAAGUUUAAGCCAUCUUAAGUACAAUAGGAGGUCUCUAUUAAGUUUUAUUUUUAACAAUUUAUUCUAUUUUGAGUCCUCUUAUUUAGAAAUUUGUUAAUUUAUAAAUGGCUAAUAAAUUAUUUAGAUUUGAAAAUGCAAAUGAUUCUUUUGAUGAAGAUUAAAAUGUUUAAGAUAAUUUCAUUAUUUAAUCACCUAAAUAAUAAUCAUCUUAAAGAGUUUUAGAUUUUGAUAUAAAAAAAUCCUCAUUUUCUAAAUCUUUAGGUAGAUCUCUUAAAUCAAAGAAUUUUGAAAAAAUUUAAGAUUCUAAAACUAUGAGUGAAUAUUUAAAAUCUAAAAAAUAAUCUUUAAAUUUAACAUUAAGAGAUAUAAUUAUUAUGAGUUUAGGAUGUAAAAAGAAAGAGAAAAUGUAAAUAUAAUAUGCAACUGAUAAAUUUAUGUCUAAAUUAGAUGUUGCAUAUAUUAUAUCUAAAAUUUAUGAGAUUGAUAAAUUAAAAUUGGUAUUAUUAAAUGAAGAUCAACUAUAAUUAUUUAAUUAUUUACCAAAACCUGUAAUUCCUGAGGCAUUAUUUGGAAAUGAUGCAGAAAAAAAAAUUAAAGAAAUUGAAUCAAAAAAAGCUUAUUAAUUUAUAUUGCAAGAUGAAAAGUCAGAUCUUUUAAAACUUUAGGAAGCUUUUGUAUCAUUUACAAAAUUGAAAAAGAAAAAUGAAUUAAAUUAAAUAGAUAAGAAUAUAAUUGAAAUAUUAGAUGAAGACAUUAUUGAAUUAUUCUUAACUUUGAAUAAAGAUCAAACUAAAUUAGAUUAAAUUUUUAAUUAGAAACUUAGUUUAAAUCUUCAAGUUUCAGAACCUGAUUUUAAAAAAUCUCAUUCAAUAGCAGAUAUUGAUUAUUCAGAUGAUUAGCCCAAUUCUAUUCCAUAUUUGAGAUCUAGAUCUUGA